AUGGCUCGCAAAUGCAAACUAGAUCCCUCCGCCUCUAAUAUAGAAAUUGCAACCAGGAAGCUCGCAAAUGCGACCAAGUGUCCAAAAUGCGGACUUCCAUUCACAAUUGCAGAUUCAAAGUUUGCCUACACUGCUUCACAAAUUCAAAGUUUGCCUACACUGCCUAACCUGUCGAAUGUGAUCGUCACUCCGCAAAUGCAAGCACAACCUCGCAAUUACGAGAGGGUGCAGUUCACUGCUAAAUUUGCAAAAAUUUCAGCAAGCUGGGAUAAUCAUUUGUCGCUCAUUGAAUUUGCCUAUAACAACAGAAACCAUGCAAUCAUUGAAAUAGCACCGUCCGAGGCUCUAUAUGGUAGGCCAGACCUUGUGAAUCAAGAAAUGGAAAAGGUCAAGAUCAUCAAGAAGCGGUUGAAAACUGCUCUAAGUCACCAGAUGUCUUAUUCGGAUAUACGACACAGAGAUUUAGAGUUCAAAGUGGAUGAGCUGGUGUUCUUGAAUGUUUUCCCCAUGUAA